AUAAAUUGUAAUCGAACGAAUGGCCGAGAUUUUAGUCAGAGAUGCUGUGUUUGCACAAGUACGAAGCACUUUGCUCAAAUUAAUGUACGAUAAAAACGAUUGAUUUACAUCGACACUGAAAUUUGUGCUCUCGCUGUGAGUAAAAUAAUGGAGAUUGGUCUUCCCACACGCUACGAAUUACAUGAACAGAUUGGCAAGUGAGUGAACUGUUGUGCUGACAAUUUUGACAUGAUAUGUGUGUUCUUCACACGCUAUUGUAUACAAUACAACUUUCGUUCUUGCCUCGUACAUUUACUAACGUACAUUUCUUUUGCUGUAAACCAGGGGUACUUUUAGUGUGAUACGAAAAUGUCGAGAUACACAAACGGAUGGUUUAUGUGCUGUAAAAAUUGUCGAUAUUUCUCGAAUGAACACCACGACUGGCCUCACGCGUGAAGGUAUUUGGCCUUAUCGAUAAUAAUUGAUAAUUCUAGAAUAAUUUGGAAUCGCUUGCUGACAAAUAAGACAUAUACACGUUCUGCUUAUGCUCUGUGUUUAUUAAUUUGAGCGUUAAUAAUGUGUGAAACCAUCAACCUUCAAACAUGUUUCCAAUAUAUUAAAAUCGAUAUUAUACAGCAAUGAAAGUCAGUAUUUCUUGACUUCUCGACUUUACUGGUAAAAUAUUUACUGUCGGUUUCAGUUUGGCGAAAUAAACUUCGCAUUUGAGAUAAACAAUGUAUCUGUUUUACGGGACAAACCGAGAUUACAUUAAUGUGAUUUUUAACGCUUGCAAAAUCGUAGAUAACAUAUAAAAUGAUACGAUAGCAUUAUAUUGCUUUAUGUUGUUUGGUUUUGCCGACAAAUUACGCUAGUGGCAAAACGUAAACAAUGUUCGGCUUAUCAUAACUUCUAAAUCCUCUCGAAAACGGUCUAAAGCUAGGAUUUACAAGGUUAAUUGUAAGUACAACCGGGGCAAUAUAUUUGCGCUGUCAGUAGCUUGUUGAGAAGACGCUAUUAAAAUAUUAAGCUUGCUGUCAUGUGUGUGUAUUUUAAUAUUCAUAACAUUGAUAAAUGUUUAUUAUUUCCUAUUUUCUUUUCUUAUUACCUGGCCAAACUAUUAAACGUAAAUUUAUUUUACUUUAGAUCUCGUACAUGAAUGCCAAAUUUGUAGAAAGCUAGACCAUCCCCAUAUAGGUAAGCUGUUUUCUUGAAAGGCCGCUGUUGCCUUCUAAUGCGGUAAAUUAUUUACAUUUUGUCGCAAAUAUCCGUUUGUCUGCAUAAAAUGUCCAUUCAGUACAAUUCUGAUUAAUUUUGUUUUUGGCAUUUGAAGUAUGUCAAUGUUUUUGAAGACUAGAACGUGUUAAUUGAAAUAUGAUAUUAACGUUCCAGAAAUGUAAUCCAUAUUGGAAUACUGCAUGUUGUGAUGUUGGUGUGUGUCCAUUUUUUUGUUGCAAUUAAUAAUUAACUCUUAAAAGAGUUCUAAAUUUUCCAGAGAGUGUAAAAAAUAACUAGCUUUCAAAGUCUGAAAUACUGAACUAAAUUUUCCUUGUUAUGUAUUUGGUAUAAUUUAUGCCUAAAUUAUACCAAAUAUAUUUUCAAGCUAGAUUUCAAGCAAUUCCUUUGUAGUGAAGUAGUUAAAGCACUUCCCUUGUACAUGUUGUUGCUGGUUUGAAUCUGGAAGUGGAAUUUCUUGAAAGCAUAUAUGCAUUCUUCCUGCAAACAAGUGAUCAAUAAGAACAGGGCCAAUUUUGUUAGGGACAGGGUUAGGGUGUGGGAAGUUCAGGAAAAUUUAUUGUUUAAAAUUGUGUUGGAUCAAUAGCCGUAACACAAGGGGUUCCGGUGUGUGAUGAAUAUCCACGGCAUAAAAUAUUAAUUGUCCAUAAUAAAUUGCUUGUAGUAAUUUUGUAACUCUGCUUUUAACAAGCCCAAUGGACCUUUCCCCUUAUAACUAAAAUUUUGAUCUAGACAAAAAUUUCAUCACACCUGAAAGAGCAUCACAAAAUUUGUAAUAUUCCAAAGUUCAUUGUGAAAUUUUGUAAAAUGCGGAUAAUAUAGCCCUGCUAAAUUUGCUGUUUUUCAGUCAUUUUGUAUUACGCAUGGGAAAUUGACAGCCCAAUCGGGUGUUGGGGCAUCAAUUUCCUGCAUUAUAUAUGCAUAUGAUCAAAAUUUUAUUUAUAAGGGGAAAGGUCCAUUCCAGUAUAAAAUGAGGGAAUUUGCAUAAAAGGCACAUUAGGGCCUAAGAGAUCUUGUAGAUCUUCCAAUAAAUAUUUGCAUUGGUUUCAUGUGAGAAAGUGAGCUGAAUGGAUUGCCAAUUAGAUCUUUGUUAUGUUACAAGAGACGUGCUAUAAAGAAAUACAUUUUAUGAAUUGAAACAGUUGUUUGUAAUUUUAUGCCACACAGCUGCAGGUUGAUAUGUGCUGAAAUGUUCAUUAUUAAUCACAUCCAAGAGACUUUGUUGUUUGAUAUAAUCACACGCUGUAUUUUAAUAGAAGUUUAGGACAAAAUUCAUUUCAAACAACAUAGCUUAAAAGUCUCAAUGUAUGCACAGGCCCGUAGGAAGAUCGAUAAUUGGGGGGGGGGGCUCAUAUUCAUAUAUUUGUGUUCUGCAUUAUUCACUUCUUUUGAAAUCGGUUGUUUUUACGGUCUGUAAACAUGAAUAUAUGAAUAUGAGCCCCCCCCCCAAUUAUCGAUCUUCCUGUGGCCCUGAUGCAUGAUGAGCUGAUGGCCUUAAUAUAAACAUUGAGUGCCAUUAGAUGUUGUUUUGGGCAUUGUGGUGUUUGUGUAAUGCCAUCUGGAUGAUUUCACUCACCAAGGUGCAAGUGCUGUUUUUAUUGUUAUAGUGCAUUUGAAAUGUUUAUUAGUAUUUUUAGGGUAUUACAUUUUAUUAAAUGUAAAUACAGUAAACAGUAGGGGUGCACUGGCACUCGGCUCCAGCCAGUUAGUUCUGGCCUGAACCCCGAUUUUUCAGAGUUCCGGUUCCGGCCGGAACUAAUGUGUAAUAGUGUAAUUUCCUGCGAAGAUAUUUUAUCAAAAAUGUCCUGGCAGCGGUGCUACUGGCGCUGCCGGACAUUUUCCAGUACUGACAGUAAAAAUAAUGGUCCUAAUAAACUAAACUGAACGGGAAAAGGCCCUCACACUGACUUGAUUACCCCAGUUGUUGAUUACCCCUUGUGGUUCCUGAAAAAUGCCUGCAAAUAUAGUCUGCAAUAUUUUCAAUAAUUUAUAUUUCAGUGAAAAUGCUUGGCGCUUAUGAUGUUGACAACACUGUCUACAUGGUUUUUGAAUAGUGAGUGUCUAUUGAUUGUUCAUGAUGUUGGGAAUUGUAAUGAACACAUUACAUUACACUAUAUUGUAUUGUACUGUAUUUUUUCAGUAUGGAUGGUGCUGAUCUCUGUUUUGAAAUUGUGAAUAGAGUAAAUGCAGGCUUUGUUUAUAGUGAAGCUGUUGCCAGGUUUGUCUUGCAAAUAUUAUGAAAUGAUUUAUUAAUGUGGGGUGAAGUAUAUAUGUCCUGAUUAUUAUAUUUUUGCCCUGUAUCAGUACACAAGUGCUUAUUCACUGGUUUUGUUGAAAAAAACUAGAAUAUGGUAAAACACAAAAUAGAUAAACAUGGAGAUUGGUUUCAGAUUAUUGUCAUGGAACAGCUUCAAUAAUGUCAAAAUACUGAUGCACUAUGAAUUUGUGUAAGGCACUAAGACCCUAUGAAUAAGACAUUAUCUAAUGACAGUAUAUACUACAGGCUGCAUGAUACUAUGAAAUUGUAUAUUAAAUUUGUUUAUGACUUUGGAUGCUGAUUAUAAAUUUAUUUUUUAGUCAUUAUUUGAGACAAGUUUUGGAUGCUUUAGCUUAUAUCCAUAAAAUGAAUAUUAUACACAGAGACAUUAAGGUAUGUUGAUUUUGCAUUGCAUUGCAUUGCAUUGGCCAUUGCACUGCAUUGGCCAUUGCAUUGCAUUGCAUUGUUGCUGACCUUAACCUCACAUAUUUCUUGUUGACCUAUUUAGGAAUAGGAAUAGGUUUUACUGAUGUGGAUAGUGAAGAAUGUAGGUAGUGAAGAAUACAAUGAUGCAACUACCUGAAAAAUAACAAAAUAAGAACUUCCAGACAAAAGGCCUUAACUAGAAAUGUUGAAGUUUGUUCUUUGUUGUUCACACACACACACACUUGCAAAUUGGUUUCAUGAUCUUAUCUCAAUUGCUACAUUGUCUUCCAAUGAGAAGGGUGGUGUUGUAUGGGGAGAUAACUCUUGUUUUCAAGCGUUAGAUUCGGUUUAAUGGCUCUUUCAAAUGUUGAAUUUUGCAAGUGUCAAAUUCAAUUUGACUUGGGUGUGGCUUUGGAAUACAAGUUUGGAAUGAUAUAAAGCUGGAAACAUAAGAUGUAUAUGAGAAUAUCAUAAGAAUAUAAGGUUGAAAUUGGCAAAAUUUAAAGAAUAAACUAUAAAUAUCCCAUAACUGGGUUAAUUUAAGCUGUGGAAAGUAUAUGUAUGUUGUAAUGAAUCUAAUUGAUUUUCCCUAUUAAAGACACAAUUAAACAACUGCAAAAUACACUAUACUGUCUCCGUAAUUUGAGAUUGUACAUAAGAAUAUUUAAGACUAAAUUUGUCGAAAAAAUAAGAAUAUCCAGCCUGACUGAGCAUGAAAUUUCGUAUUAUAAUUUCUAAAAGAUCUCGAGCAAGGCAAAGGAGAAGGACAACUGAACCUGGUUUACUGUACAUGUCGGUAGUUACUUGAAAUCUCUUGUGUGUAAAUUUCGUAUACAAUAUUUCAACACGUAAUUCGUUUACACUCUUCAAUUUCAGUAUCAAUGCUGUAAGAUUGCCUCUUCUCAAUGCUUUGUUACAAGAGAUACGUUUUUUCGAAGUGGCAACAUGUCAACAUGUGACAUUAUUACCAUCGUUAACAUUGUUCGGUAUCUCGACAUAUAUACACCGAAAAUACAGGGUACCGAAUAUUGAAUAUUGAUACGAGUUUUUCAGUCAUACCGAUACACUGAAAGUUUCGAUUGAGUGGCACUAUUAAGUAUUCCAGUCUUCAAAAUGUUUACUUUUUCUACUUUAUGGAUGUGUGAAAAGCGGAAUGUGGCUGAAAAUCCUUUUCGCAUUUCGAAUUUUUAUCGAGGAAUUUUCUUGUCUAGUUAACAAGGCACAAAAACCGGUACACCGAAAAUAUCGGUAUAAUUUUCCCGGUAUACCGAUGACGAAAUGUUUUAAUACCGAUGACGAAAUGUUUUAAUACCGAUCCAUUAUGAAAUCUCGUGAAAUCUUUCAUAUCAUUAGUAAUAAUUGAACUUCAUCUGUUAAAUGUGAGCCAAGAAGAAGCGAAAUUCCCAUGAGUUAACGGAGUGGCGAAAUAGUUGGGCAGCAUAAACUCCAAUAUUACCCAACGUGUCAGCUACAGUUAACAUUUCCAUAACCGUUUACUGUACAAUUGCGAUAGACAUUUUAUUUUUUAGCCGUGAAAAUAAAGCAAUCUGAUUGGCUGGGGAGUCUUUCAGAGCCGCUCUGGUUUUCACGCCAAAACUGAGGAGUGAAACAUUUUUAAACUAAAAAAAUACCUGCCCAAAGAAUCACUACUAAGCAAAAUGCACAUCAGGAUUCGCAAUAUUUUGCUACAUUGCCUACUGAAUGCCAUUUCAAAAACAGGCUCCCUUCCUGCCCUCUCCAGACUCCCGUGAAUCAUCGUCAUGCAUCUUGGUUGGUUUUAAAUAUUUUAGUUGCUUUUUUAUUUAAAUAAACAUAAUGAGCAGGUUAUUCACAUAACCAGGGCUUGAAAUUUUAAAAAUGUUUUUAUUUAGUCGCCUUGGUGACUACCAGGGAAUAAGAUCUGGGCGCCAAAUUUAAUAUCAGGUUGUCCUAUAUCAAUAAAAAUUGAUCAAUAAAUUAAUUUGAUCUAUGCAUUCGUGAAUAACGCAUUAUAUUAAACAGUAUAUACAGUACAUUUCUUUCUUUCACAAUUCCCACCCAUACAGGGUAGUUGGAUUUUGUGUUAUUCUCUUUGUACACAUUAGGGGUGCACCGGAUAGUGAUUUUUACUAUCCGGCCGGAUACCGGAUUUGCCGGAUAUCUGAAAAAAAAUCUGGCCGGAUUAUUCGGCUGGAUACCGGAUAUUUUAUCAAUUUGAAUACUUGACAUAUAAUAUAUGUUUAUAAGGAUUUUUCUCAUCACAUAGAUAACAUUAUUAAAACAGUUGUUUACCAUGUUAGCAAAUUAUAUGCAAAAGCAGAAUGAAAGACUUAAUCACCGAGAUAUUUUAAUUCUUUGGAAUUACCCGAAGUUUUUUCUCAGUCUCUACAAGGGCUACUUUGGCAAAUGUCUGGUCGUUUUGGGAGAAUAUGCCCAGUGCUCCCCUUUAUAGUUUGUAAAAAGAUAUAUAGUUAAGACAGGUAUUAUUUGGUAUAGAAAUAUUACCUUUAUUUAUAAUCUAAUAUAACUUUUGCAGCCGCAUAACAUUCUACUCGCUAAUAAAGAAAAUUCGGCGCCAGUGAAGUUGGCAGAUUUUGGAGUGGCAAGAAUAUUGGAUUCCAGCGAACUGAUAACUAGUGGUUGGUAUUACAAUUUUUAAAAAUGCUACAUGUAAAGAGCGACUAUAGGGGCGGCAGAAAAUGAAUGAAAAUAGAUAACAUUGAGUGAAACCUAUAGCCCUAAAACUACCUUGAACGCUAGCCAACAUUGAACCUUAUGUUUGAAGACUUCACUACAGUAUGCUGGUUAUGGUUCAGGGUUGGGUUUCACUCGAUGUUAUUUGUUUUCUUUUGUUUGCAUAUUUCGUGUCCAUAGCACACUCAUCUCAAAACUAAGAUUGGAUAGAGCAACUUUUUGAAUUCAGGGAAUUAAUUUUGAAGCCAGAAUAUUUAUAAUUGGGAAAGAUUUUCCCUUUCGAAUCAAAUCGUUACGUGUUUAAAUCAGUUAUACUGUCAAGAAAAUAUUUUCUUCUGCGUAACUUGAAACAUAUAGCUUCCCAUACCUCUUCUAAUUAGUUUUAAGAUCAUUUUAAACACGAAGUAUUAAUGAGACUUGUGGCGGCCAUUUUGGUGUGACCUCAUUUAUUAUUGACUGGAAAAUUUCAGAAGGAAGAGAGGGCACUAAUUAGCCAUUCCGAUGUUGAUGAGUGGACUGGGGACGAGUGUUAAAAAGUGCCCAAAUUAAGAAAUGAACCGAAUCACUAAAAAGACCACCUCAAAAUUAGUAAGUAUACAAAGUUUGAAGACAUUUACAUGAAUACCCUUCGAAUAAUAAGCUUUUGAGACGCGCGUCCCAAAAAACAAAAAUUACAGUACAUUUCAUAGUAAAUAUCGCGAUUUUCGAAAGCUUAUUAUUCGAAGGGUAUUCAUGUAAAUGUCUUCAAACUUUGUAUACUUACUAAUUUUGAGGUGGUCUUUUUAGUGAUUUGCUUCAUUUCUUAAUUUAGGCACUUUUUAACAUUCAUCCCCAGUCCUCUCAUCAACUUCGGAAUGGCUAAUAACCAAUUUCUUUCUAGGCAUCACUAGAAACGUUACGAACCUAAAGUUCUAACAUGUCAUCAACACUGCUGUACAUUUGCGAUGGUCACGCCCGCUCCUCCACAGGCAAAUCGGCAAACGGCAGAAUUACGCAAUGCCUUUUAGUGCUAGAGGGUGGUAACUGGGGAUUGCAAGGGAUGUGUAAUUCAAUAAUACUGUUUUAUAUUGAACUAAUAGGGAGGAUAGGGACACCACAUUUCAUGUCUCCAGAAGUUGUUAAAAGAAUACCAUAUGGAAAACCAAAUGAUGUCUGGGGAUGUGGUAAGUAUCAAUUUUGGAGUGUUUUGCAGUGAAUGUUAAUUAUUAGAGAAGACAUUUGUUUGGCCAUAACAUUUUAUCAAAAAAUCUAUUUCCAUUUUGUAUGUUCCAAUUGCGUGCUGAUGUGCCCAAAUUUGGCAAAAAACUGAAAAGAUUUUAAAAUAUACUUUUGAUGUUUAAUACGUAAUACAUCUUUCUUUUAUAGGGGUAAUAAUGUUUAUUCUUGUAAGUGGUGCGUUUCCGUUCAAUGGAACUGGAGAGAAAAUAUAUGACGUCAUUUCAACUGGGGAUUACACAGUAUGUCACGUACUUUCGACCCAAUAUAGUGGUAGAGAAGUGAGGAUAGAAGUAAAAACAUUUCAGUUUAAAUUAAUAAAGAUCAAGAAAGCUUAUGGUUGCGAGUUCAGUUGAACUGAAAAAUUGUUAGAUGGAAAUUUUAAGCGUUUUUCAUACGUCCGUAUACGCAAGGAAAAGUUAAAUUCUUUCUAAAUUUUAUAAAAGUACCAAUGACCUCAACAAAUACACAAUAGAUCAUGUACAACAAGUAAAUGCUGUUCUUUUAUUCAUUUUCAUUUAGUUCAUAAGUACCAUUUAAUUUAAAUGGAUUUUAACUUUUCCGUGCGCAUAUGUGUAUGAAAAACGCUUAACUAGAAUGCAGCCCUAGCAGUAUUUUCUUGAGAAUUUUAUUAGUUGAAUUUUAUAAUUUUAUUAGAAUUUUAUCGUGCACAGAGGUGUUCAUAACGCAGCUUACUUUAUUGCCAACCACUCUUAUUUCCUUUCCGAACUGAUUGAUCACCCCGCGGAUAAUUAUUUGGCCGUACAAUGGAUCCCACGCCUCUGUGUUUACUUGUCAUGACUUUAUUACUGUUUAGAUGCGGCCCAAACAAUGGGACUUAAUAUCAGAAGAUGCAAAAGAUUUAGUACGAAGUUUAUUGGCGUAUGAUCAAACUAACCGAAUUACUGCCGAACAAGCACUUGCUCAUCCCUGGCUUAAGGUUUGAAGACUUUGAAUUUACUUUUAAUGUUUUCUGUAAUAAUAGGGCUAUAACUUGAGUAUUAAUAUUGCUGUAUAUAUUACCUUCAGUUGUUACUAUUUUCAGGACAGAGAAAUUGCUCCAAGGAAUCAUCUGCAGGAAUGCGUUGAUGAAAUGAAGAAAUUUAAUGCAAGAAGGAAACUAAAGGUGCAGUACAUAUUCAAUUAUUUCUCAGCCAUGGACUUACUUGAUAUAUCUUGAUUAGAGAAAUUCAUUUACUGUAAUGUAAUGAAUCCACUGUUAACUGGUUUCCAAUCAGUCACCAAUUCUUUUAAAUAUAUCGUAAAGAUAUUCAAAUAUAUUGCUUUAGAGUAUAACCGUUAUAUAAUGGUCGUCUUUUUAGGGAGCAGUUUUGGCUGCAGUUGCGAGUCGGAAAUUUGUUGGUAGGUUUUUAGUUGUUUUAUGCUCGAGUAUAUCUUGAGUAUAUCUAUACUAUAUAUGUUGCUGGUACAAUGUCAUGGUCGAUAUUAUUGGUCUCUUUGCAAAUAUCCGAAAAAGUCCAUGCAAUUAUAGCUAGAAAUACACGCAUGCAGUAACCCUCGCUCUUUCCAACAAAACAACAAUAAUUCCCAAAUAUUAUUCCAAUAUGUUGACGGAGACUUAACUAUCUCGUUUGCGAUUAUCACCCUAGCGCAUGCGGGCGAGGGGAUGGGAGCAUGUAUAUGCCUAGAAAACGUCCGGUUUGAAGCGGGAUCGUGGUUGGUGAAAAUUGGACGGAAAACGUCCUACGUCGAUAUAAACGUAACACGAUGAAUAUUGCGAGAUUUAGAUUUGACUUCCACUACCAUUAAGCGACCAUUAACCAACCAGAUGAGUUUAAUCUACCCGACUAACCAAUCGCAUGCGUGCUUGGUAAAAGAUAACGGUAUAGUAGAAGUCAAAUCUGUACUUCUCUAUAUAAUAAAAGUUAUCGCAAUCCCGAUCGUUGUUCUGCCCUAGCAAGCUUCCAUGCAGUCUCGUCUCUCGCAUAAGAAAUGUCGUAUUUAAAGAAGUCCUAAGAAAUGUCGUAUUUUUAUAGAUGCCCUUCUUCCAAAUGGAGAUCUUCAUAAGAAUGGUCUUGGACCGGUAAGGAUGUAGUACACAUUGAACAUUACUUCUUGAUGAGUAUUGAUGUUAGAAUAAUGGUGGGACGGAAAGGAAUGGCUCACGCAGCAAGGAAUAUUUUAACAUAUACUGCAUGGGGCCCCAUUUGGCCUGCAGGCCCAACUACUAGUUAGUGGCUCAGACUGGGCCUAACCUGAGUGACCUAAAUCUUACUCUGGGGAGCCCAUACUGGGCCAUAAUCUUGGUUUUGGCUGUCACGCAGAUAUAUGACCAGCAGAAACGGCUGUUCUAUUAUUCAAAAUGAUAUUUAUAUUUAAGGGUCAUAAUGUAGAUGAAUUUCAUCAUGAUGAUAGUGAGUUGAACGCUGCGGGUGAGUAGUUUUCUUUCGCAAGACUGUACACCAGGAAUAACAUGCAGAUCUGGAUUGCUUUAUUCAUGGAGUUGUAUAUUGUACUUUCUGGAGGUUCAGUGAGGACCAUUCCGUAUCGGUCCAGUCUUUAUACAAGAGGAAACUGGAAUACCUGAAGAAAGCCAGCGAGGUUUGGUGUGAAACUGUACCAUGUGUUUGCAUUUCAGGUUCAGUUGCGCAGUUACUUGAUUCUUUGGAAGAAGUUGAAAUUUUAUCUCAAGCUAAGAAGAGUGACAUUGACUUUCUUCAUCGUUUCCUCGACAAUAAUAAGUUUCAGUCAUUACUCGAGGUACGCUUAAAUAUUCCUACAAUUAUGUUAUAUGUGCAUGAGUAAUAGGUAGGAGUCACUCAGAGAGUGACUAUAUUUGAUAUGCUUGCCAAAAAUGAAUUUUAGCUUUGUAUAAAGAUAUGUACUAAAUUUUGUAAAUUUAUCUACGUCACGAGACGAAUUUAAUUUUAUAAAUUGAUAAUUAGUAUCUCGAGAAGAAUAAGAUAUAUUGAAAGAUGGAAAACUUCAUGAUAUUUAAUUUAUAGAUGGUUUUAUGUCAGUGACACUUUCAGCAAUGUAUUAGCGGUAGUCGUUUCUGCAGUAGUUUCUGGUAGUCGUAUAUUGACGUUUUGUUCUCGGCUCAACUUUCCUUUGUUUCCUCCUUUCGUGACCUUAGGGCGCAGUCUAGAGUAGAACUGGUGUAUUAAUUACAUAUCAUUGAUAGAUUUAUGAUCGCGUACAAGAUUGGUCUUUGAUAAGUGAAAGAUCGAGGUCUCAUAUUCAACCUGACGCAACCCAGACUUCUAAAGAGGUAACAUGCACGAAAUGACCAUGUUGUGAAGUCUAAGCAUGCAUUUAUGUGUUGAAGAGAAAAUUUGCAACAUGAUGUCUUAUACAUUGAAUUCUUUCAUUUGAUUUAAACCCGUACCUUCGGGAAUGUGUUGAAAUGGAGCAAAUUAAGUAGACCUGGUUGAAGGCUUUUUGGUAAGGGAAACAAAACGUAUUUUACCGAUUCGGAACCUUUUGAAGUUCAAGUGCUUCAACACUUACAUCCUCAACCCAAAUUUCUCAAUAUUUCUAGGCAGUUAAGACUAGGUGAGUUAACAUGCCGACACACUGAUUUGGACGCCUAAACUAGUUUUCCAAAAAGGAAAAAAAAAACGACAUAAUAACCGUCAAAUAAGAAUGUCCGUUACAAUAGACCUUUCCCCUUUUGAGUGAAAUUUUGAUCUAGACAAGUCUGGACAAAACUUUCAUCACAGCUUGAAAGAGCAUCACAAAAUUAGUAAUAUUCCGACGUUUCGUUGCGAAAUGUUGUAAAAUGCGGAUAAUAUAGCCUUGCGAAGUUUGCCGUUUUUCAGUCAUUUUGCAUUACAAUCUAACAUUUUGCAUCAGUUUGAUCAUCUGAUUAUCAAUUUCCCGUUUGUAAUACAAAAUGACUGAAAAACGGCAAACUUCGCAAGGCUAUAUUAUCCGCAUUUUACAACAUUUCGCAACGAAACUUCGGAAUAUUACUAAUUUUGUGAUGCUCUUUCAAGCUGUGAUGAUGUUCUUUCAAGCUGUGAUUUGUCCAGGCAUAUCUAGAUCAAAAUUUCACUCAUAAGGGGAAAGGUCUAUUUACUCACAUCUCUGCAUCCUAUUUCCAAGUUAUCGCACUUUUUGUAUUUUGAGUUAUGACAUCUUUGCGCAUUCUUUGUUUCCAGCAAAGUAAAAAGCCCCCUCUGAAAGUUAAGAAUCGCAUCUUAGAAUGCAGGAAAUGGGAUUAUCUCAUUUAUCUGCAUUGUUUCAAACUUUUUCGAGAAUAACGCAACUGGGUAUCUAGGAGUCAGAGGAAAGAGCCUGGGUACGAGGUUAAGAGGAAUGCCAGGUGUUGCACUAAGGCAUUUUCAUUUAACCAGGCAAUGGACACCGUUGAAAUUCCUGCAGAAGAGGAUGAUGAUUGUUUUGAACUUCAAAAUAUUAUGAAAGAACCGAACAUGGUGGUACGUACAUGUAUUUCGAGGAUAAAAUUUAUAACAUUUUCCGUACUGUAGCUCUUCGUAAUCAACUUGCGAGGUUUGGACAGAAAAAUUAUAAUAUCACUUUAUAUCAAAAUACAGCAUUGGUAGAUCACUGUUUACCCGCAGUCUUGCCAUAACGCAAGUUAUUAACUUUACUCUGGCUAACGACCGAAGAUUUUACUCGACUGCCAAUGGGUUAUUCUUGGAAACCUGACUAGAGGGAAGAGUUAGAAUGCAGAUAUAUUUAUUAACAGCUCAAUUGUGUGUUAUUUAAUCGAACAUCGUUUGUCGUAUUCUUUCCCGUUCUUUUUUACUCGUGUAGGAUGUUUAUAUGAGCUAUUCAUACAAUUUUUAGCCUCCUUGGCGAGGCAUACAGUAGCAUGAUUCAAUUCCAUCAUCUGUUCGUUACUAUUCAAACGUUUGCCCACUUAAGGCUACUGGUGUAGGCUAGAUGUAGAUUAAAAAAACUCGUAAGUUCCAACUAUAUAUCCUUUGAACAGUAGCUUGGCUCUCUAAAGACUUGUCUUUCGGAGCCGGACUAUUCAAGGCUAUUUCCGUAUAUCGCACUGAAUUUUCCACAACAUCUACUUUUGUGUUUAGGCGUUGUUAGAAGCUCAUGACAAUAUUUUAAACGUUCGUAAAGAAGAAGAACGGCAGUCAAUGUCUGAUGUUGAUGACAGAUCUGAUACAUUACCAAAAGAAGCUGUGACCAGAGUGAGGCUGGUGCAAUUUGAGAAAACAACAAAUGAACCUAUGGUAUGUGUUCAGAAAUACAGUAUGUUCCUAAUCGCACUAGAAAUUAGAUAUGUGGAGGUUGUCUGCCUUUUAUCUUGCCCGAUACUCAAAGAUUACUCCCCAAAAAAGUCACUUUCUCGAAAUAUUUGAGAGGCAGACUUAUGAAGUCUGAGCAAGUCUCAUCAAGCCGCAAAUUAAAAUCAGCCUUUCUUUCGUGGUGGGUUUUAAAAUUUAUCUAAAAUCUGUUGACCCCCACCCCCUUUAUGUCAUCUUUAACUGAAAUAAUUUUGUCUCUUUUAGGGCAUCACGUUAAAACGAACAGAUAAUCGUGUCUACGUUGCAAGAAUAAUGCAUGGUGGGAUGAUUCACAGACAAGGUUAGCUUUUGUGUCUAACUAUGUUGCCAUCUCUCAACAAUCAGCGUGGUUAUAAAGACUCAGAGCGACUUCAAAUUUUACUUUUUAACUCCUCCUGUGACAGGUCCAACUACAACCUGAAUUCGAAUCUGGACUCGUAUUAAAAUUUAAACCGCCAGGUUUUCGAAGAACAUGUAGUCAGUUAACCAAGUUAGCCAAUACGGAACUUUGGUGGUACAGGCGUCAGAACAAGUACAUUUCCCUGACCUCUGAGAUCGCUGUGGACUCAUGACACUUAUAUCAAAAGAGUCUGUCAACGCUCCACCGAAAUUCGUGGGUUUUUUCUGGGUACUCUGGUUUCCUCCCACAUGGAAUGUUGACAUGGUGGGUUGGGAAUAGCCCAAACUAACCCUUGGUCGUAGCUGUGCUCUGUGAUGUGCAAGAGUCAUAUGAUGACGCCCUUCGUCUCGAUCACGUUGAGCUGCGUCCUUCGUAGUUCAGGUCAUCUGUAAGUGAGGAUAAUAGCAACCCCCCACUUAAGUAUUGGUGUUGUUUGUGUUUCAGGAACGUUACAUCCUGGCGAUGAAAUUCGAGAGUUAGAUGGAGAAAGUGUGGAGAAUAAAUCAAUCGAAUCCUUACAGUCUAUUUUGGUAAUCAUGCGCUUCGUCUUGCUUUUUUCUAAAACAUAUUCUAUAUAGCCGUGUUUACACUAAUGACUGACAUUUACCCAAGACUUAUCUGUAUGUGGAAAGUAUCUCACUGAGGCCUGACACAUAUAGCUACGGACCCGAAUAUUGCAAAUUGCACCAUUCUAUGUGCAUGCAAAAUGAAGUAAAAAUCAUCUCUUUCUCUGAAUACUGAUUUUACUGACUUGAAUUUUAACUAUAUUGUCAUUAGGGAUGCAUCAACCGGAUAGCGGUAUCCGAUAUCCAGUAAAAUCUAGACAUCCGAAUGUAUCCGGUAACAUUUAGUUUGUAUUUACCAGAUAGUACUGGAACUUUUAUUAGAACAAUGAAACGGGACUUAUUUCGGCUAUUAUGAUGUUUCUAAAUAUUUAAUUAACGAACUUUCUCUUAGCCUCAUUUUAUUAAUAGACAUCUUGUGUUUUUAAACCAAGAACAAUGCCUUAACAUCUAUUUAAUAACAACGACGUUUCGAAGUUUAGAUAAUACAAUAAACUCCGAAACAUUAAAUAAAUGUUAACCCUUGUUCUUGAUUGUUAAAAACACAGAAAGGCUGUUAUGAUGUUGUUAUUUUUAUGAAUUAAAUUUUCUAAAACUUCAUGGAGUCACCUUAAAUUAAACCUAGCGUUAUAGAAUGGACUAUAUGUCUUGUCUUUGAUAUUGUAUUUUUUUGUAUUGUUCUUCAAAUAUAGAAACAAGCUAGUGGCACUGUAACGUUUAAAAUCGUCCCAAGUUUCAGACACGAAAAUACAGAACGAGGGGUAAAUUUUAACUUGUUUUAUAACGUUGUAUAGUACAGUUUAUAAUCCCCAACAAAUAAAUGCACUUUUCAAAUAUUGCCAAGAUUUAUAAACUAUAGAAAGAUGUGAUAUCAUUGGUCCUCGAAACAUAGAUAGAAUUUGAGUCUUGUCAUUCCCAUCAUGCAACAUAUAUUUUCCUUGUUCGCAAUUGUUAUUUCGAAACAAUCCUUGGGAAUUUUGCAUACUACCCAUAUUAGAAAUCAUAAGGAAUUUUGCAUACUACCCAUAUUAGAAAUCAUAAGGAAUUUUGCAUAUUACCCAUAUUAGAAAUCAUAAGGAAUUUUGCAUACUACCCAUAUUAGAAAUCGUAAGGAAUUUUGCAUAUUACCCAUAUUAGAAAUCAUAAGGAGUUUUGCCUACUACCCAUAUUAGAAAUCAUAAGGAAUUUUGCCUACUACCCAUAUUAGAAAUCAUAAGGAAUUUUGCAUACUACCCAUAUUAGAAAUCAUAAGGAAUUUUGCAUACUACCCAUAUUAGAAAUCAUAAGGAAUUUUGCAUAUUACCCAUAUUAGAAAUCAUAAGGAAUUUUGCAUACUACCCAUAUUAGAAAUCAUAAGGAAUUUUGCAUACUACACAUAUUAGAAAUCUGCUGCUUUCUAUUGAAGCAAUUCUACUAUUACCAGGGUACUAUUAAAUCUAAAAUUGUAUUUGAUAUCUUUCUAUAGAGUUUCGUAAAAGCGUUAUUUUCUUACGAUCCAAGAGGUGAUGAACUUAUCCCAUGUCAACAAGCAGGCUUGGCGUUCCAGGUUGGCGAUGUAUUGGAGAUAGUUUCAAAAACAGACUUCAACUGGUGGCAGGUAAGGAAACAGACCACAUCGUCGUGUCAACUGCGCAUCCAAAUGGCGUGUUUUGAGCUACUAACAUAAAAUUACAUGAUCAUUAUAAUCAUAUGUGCGUCUAAUGUCAUUUAAAUCAAAUUUUGAUCACAUUGAUCCAAUUUCAAGAUUUGAAAAUUUUAACUCUUCCCAAAAUCAAUGAUUAUUUAACUCUCCUAUUCAUGUAUCGUUACCACAAAACAGAACAUUUAUCAAUCAUAUUUAAUAAUGUAUUUGUAAACAAUAGUGACAUUCACCAUUAUGAAACUAGAAAUGCUUCCAAUCUUCACAAAAAGUAUAGAAGAACAAAUUAUGUCAUUCAUUCUCUUGCUAGUAAAGGUGUUGAUAUUUGGAAUAAGCUUGACUGUCAUUUAAAAUCAAUCAAUUCAUUGAUUGUCUUCAAAAGCAAAUUGAAAAAAUCUCUAUUUGUAACAGAUAGCUGUAUAUAUAGUAAAUAUAAUCACUCUCCUAUAUAAAAACAUUUUUAAUGUAUAUUUUUUGGAAUUAUAGGUAUUAGUUAUUUUGUACUUUUGUCGUUUAUUAUUUUUCUUCUUCUAAACAUUUGACUGUAAAUAAUUUAGUUAAUCAAUACUUUAUCAACUAGGGGUCUUAAUUCAAAAGCCUGUCCAGGUUUCUAGUAGACCUCUAGGCCUUACAUUACUUAUUUUACAUAAUUACUAUUCUUGUAAAUACUACUGGGCGAAAUCAUUUAAAUAAAUUAAAAAAUAAAUAUAUGCAUCCACGUAGGUGAACAUUUGUGCACAGUAUAUCCCAUUCGGCUGAUAGAAACUUAUUAUUUUGUAACACCAGCAUAUUUUGAUUUUUCUUGGACUUAAAGCUGGAGUAAUACGAGCAACAAAAUUGCUGCAACUUGUAACAAAAUCUGAUUUCUACACAUGUUAAUUGAAAAUGUUUAUCCAUAAAUUACAAAUCACGAGGCAACAUGUGUCAACAUUUCUACUUAACAUGCGUUGAAAUCAGAUUUUGUUGCUCGUGUAACUCCACCUUAAAUAAAAGGUACACUUAAGGGAUAUUUUUGGAUAUCGAAAUUUAUAUCACGAGGAUAAUUGCGAGUAAAUAGUCUGCAUAGUUUAUUUUAAAAUUAUAUCUUAUCCAGGCUGUCAAAGUAUCAGAUAAGAAUCUGGCAGGUCUGGUUCCAUCGCCUGAACUUCAAGAAUGGUAAGGGCAAUUGCUGUAUUACUUACUCACUUAAUAGACAAAUUAUUUCUAAUAGUUUUGUUCACUUACUCCGGUUUCUUCUUGCAUUAAUUAUUAAUUAAUAAAGGAUUGACAAACUGAUAUACUUACAUAGCAAAAAAAUAGUUCAAAGUGAUGUAAAAAGGGCGACAGUGACAACGUGUUGCUAUAUUAGGGUAAUUGAAAUCACUUUAAUUAAAAUAUUUAUUUUAGGCGAGUUGGUUAUGCUGCUUCGGAAAAAGCGAGAAAAAAUCGAGGUAUAUAUUGUAAUAUAUGCUCAUAUAUAGUAGCUAUGUUGACCAUUGAACAAAUGUAAACUACUUGCAAUAAUACAUGCAGCAUUUUUUAAUUGGCCUAAUGAGUAUACUAUAUAUGGGGUGAAAUUUGUUGUUUAUCUUGCAGCAUCAUGUUUGGGAUUUCGAAAAAAGAAACGUUAUAAAGAUAAAUAUGUUCUCAAGUAUAAUGCUGGUACGUUGACGCUCGUAUAAUACUUUCAUAUAUAAAAAUCUUGUUUUGUAUUUGUGGGCCAUCGUAUUUUCUAACUUACUGUUUUUAUGGAGGACGUAAGAAAUUUGUUUCGCAGUUGAUAUGUAAAUAAACAAUUAAACUAAAAAUUAUACCUAUAGAGGUAAUAGAAUGUGCGUAAAUGUCAUUAAAUUUUUUUAUUUCAUUAUAUGAAAAUUAAAAUUUUAUUUUUAAUGAAAAACUUAGUGUUCGAUCAACUGGAUUUGGUGACGUAUGAAGAAGUAGUUAAACAGGAUAACUUCAGAAGGAAGACAUUAGUACUUCUUGGUAAGGUUUCUCUUUCCUUUUAUACUUGAACGUGCACGACAACCAGCUAGUGCAAAUCACAUGCAUAGCUGCUUUUCGUAUGAUCCAAAAUUUAUAUCAGAAACUCAGGAAAUGCAAUCGUAUAUAUAGUGGUUCGAAUAUGCAGAAUUAGCUAUUACAUACAGUAUCAUCUAGAACUCAUCACUACUAGAGCUGUGCGGUUAACCGAAAAAUUCGGUUCUUCUGGUACUUUUUUCAGCACCGAAAAAUUAUACGCAAAAGAACCGGUAGUUUCGGUUUUAAUUUCCCGUUUAACGCCCGCCAAACGCCCACCUGAUUGCAGGUUGAAAUGUUUGGAAAAUAACAAGAUUGUGCUCUUUGUGCACAAUAUGCACUGUACUAAGUGCUCAAAUAGUUGAUAUUUUAGUUGUGAUAGUUAUGUUGUGAACUUGCUUUAAAUUUUUUUAAAAACUAAGAAAUAUUUCAUCUUCAUAAAUAAAUUCCAAUUGUUCUUUUAAAAUAUUCAGAGAUUUAUAAAAACUUACAAAGGCAUAAAUUCAUCUAUUUAGUAAAAAUGCUCGAAGCAUACAUAAAUGAGUUCAUACGCAUUUGUAAUGUUGUUCUCUUUUGAAAAUAACCGAAACCGAACCGAGGUUUUUUUGUUCCAAAAAACCCGGAACCGAGAUAAAAUUUUUGGAACCGCACAGCUCUAAUCACUACACCUUGUUAUAAUAUACCAUUAUAUUUGCAGGAGCUCAUGGUGUUGGACGACGGCAUAUUAAGAAUACUUUGAUCAACAGAAAUCCUGGAAAAUAUGCGUAUCCCAUACCACGUAAGUCUUAAUAAAAACAGUAGCUAAUUAUAACCCCCAUUUUACUGAUAUAAGGUUUUUUCCAGUUUUAUACAUAGUACACGCUCGGGGCAAAAAGACGUUAUUAGCUAAAUUAUGUUGUAUUCAGCACUAGUACGAUUAUUACCAUUAUAACAAAUACCCUCUUUUUUCUAUUUUUCAGAUACGACAAGGCAGGCUAAACCUGGCGAAGAAGAUGGCAAAAAUUAUUUCUUUAUUUCAACAGAUACAAUGUUAGCAGACGUAGAACAGAAUAAAUAUUUAGAAUUCGGCAGUCAUGAAGGAGCUAUGUAUGGAACUAAACUUGAUACUGUUCGUAAUAUUAUUUCACAAGGAAAGAUGCCGUUACUUGAUGUGGAACCACAGGUAUGGAAUAUUACUGAAUGCAAGAUUAUUUACAAGUUUUAA